GCGAACCCGAACAAAACAAGUUCUGUCCAGAGGACAUCGGAGGAGAAUCCACCGCGGCAGCCUUAUCACGUGACCACCUUGUCUGCUGCUGGCUGAGUGAAGCGUGUUAGCAGGUUUUUUUCUAUUUUGUACAUACAGAGUUUUGUAUAUACUGUAUAUGAUGAGCUCGCAGGGCAACGAAAAGGCCCGGGGCCCUCGUGAAAAAGUGCCACCUGCUGCCACUCACACGCCUCAACCACAGAAGCAGAUACAGGCUACUGCUGAGCAAAUUCGCCUUGCCCAGAUGAUCUAUGACAAGAAUGAUGCUGACUUUGAAGACAAAGUUAACCAGCUGAUGGAGGUUACUGGGAAGAACCAGGACGAAUGUAUGGUCGCGCUUCAUGACUGCAACGAGGAUGUGAGCAGAGCCAUCAACUUCCUCCUGGAGAGCACCUCGGAUAUGACCUCAUGGGAGACAGUAGGGAAGAAGAAGCCGCUGAUGAAGGAGGGUCCUUCAGAAAGCAAGGAGAACAAGGAGAACCGGGAGAAAAAAGGUGACAAGGAGACUAACAAGGGCCGUGCGUCAUCCAACCGGAAGGGCAAAGGGUCCAAUCGAAGCCGACAGGGUGCAGUUCGACCAGAGGAAAAUGGCGUGGAGGUGACACCAGUCGAAAAAGGCUCCGAUAGAGGAAAGAAGGCAAAAGGUGGUCGAGGGUCUGGCAGUAGAGGCAGAGGUAGAGGACCAGCAGCAAGCAGGUUCUCAGCCCAGGGCAUGGGAACCUUCAAUCCCGCAGACUAUACCUCGGAGGCAGGGAAGGAGACCACACAGAGUGAGGCUUGGGACACAGCGGCCAACAACAAUACAGAUGACACGGCUAACUGGAAGAACCCAAUUGAAGAAUAUGGACCUGAGGACUGGAAUGAAGAUGUUAGUCUCUCGGAGACCAAAGUAUUCACUUCCUCAUGCGCGCCUCCUGCUGAGAAUCACAUCACUUCUGGCCAAAGUUUGGACCUAGUGUCUCUGCUGCAGAAGCCUGUGGUUAGUGGAAAAGAAGCACCCUCCUCCUCACAGAGUCUGGUCUUUACUAACUCUCACCACCACCAAACACCACAGCAACAACAUCAGCCUCCCCCCAACCGUAGCACCACUGGUGGCACCAGCUAUGCUCAUGCUGCUCUGUCAUCAGUUCUUGGAGCUGGUUUUGGAGACCUGGGCCAAGCCAAGAGGCCUGCACCCAGUACAGGAGCUCAGAUACUGGAACAGCUCAAGGGUCCUGGCUUGGGUCCUCUGCCAUCAUCCCAGGUGGCACAUCCAGCGAGCACUCAAGGAAGCAACCCUUCAAUUAGUCGCCUGCCAAGCCUGGGACCAUCUGUACCUCCACCUUCUUCCUCCAGUUGGGACAUGAAGGCACCAGAAUCUAACACCGCCACCACACUGUCUUCACAGUUUAGCCGUGAGUUUGGCCUCCAGCCAGAGCCUUCACUUGUACUGAGCCAGCUCAUUCAGAGGCACACUGGCCCCUCCUUACCACUGGCACGUCAGCCCAGUCCACCUUCACAACAACAACUGGCCCCUGCGUCCGUCUCCUCUGGUCCGCAGCAUAGCAGCUCGUCGGUACAGGCAGGCCCGGUGUUGGCAGCUGCUGGUCUCAAACAUCCGGCCUCCAACACAGGAGGACUAGAUGCUCAAGGCUGCGGGACACCACAGCAGCAGCGGGCUCAAUUGAAAGGUCCAAAACGAAGGCUACCUCCGACUUCAAAAAUCCCCUCCACAGCAGUAGAAAUGCCAGGCUCUGCUGAUGUCCCUGGCAUAAACCUUCAGUUUGGAGCAUUGGACUUUGGCUCUGAGUCUCCUUUGCCAGAGUUUGGACUUGUGGACAGUGCUGUCAGUGCAGCAUCCAGGGAAUCCACUCCGGCCCCUGGCCCUGUAGCAGCCACAUCAGGACCAGGGACACAGAGUCAGACAAGCAUAUACUCCAAACCACUCAGUGAGACGCUUGGCAGUCCUCUCUCUGUCGACCUCCCCCUGCCCCUCUCCUCGGCUGAGCCAGUGUAUCACUCGUCCUCAGUGGCACUCCCCAGUCUCACGCCCUCUUCACUAGGGCCUGCCAACUCCAGCAAUUCUCCCUCGUCAUCGCUGACCACGUCUACCAUCUCGUCCUGCUCUGUUCCACCAUUCUCCACAGUGGGAGGAAGCUAUGAUGGAUCUCUGCCUCCUCAAGCACGCCUGGCCUUCUCCCAGAACAAAGAAGCCACCGGAACGGUUAUGAAUGGUCUGAAUGGAGUAAGGACAUCUGCAGCUUUAGACAUUUCCUCAGCGUCCUCCACACCAAAGCCUGACUCUCCGUCUCUUAGCGCCAACACCAACUGCGUUCCUGCACCCUCCUCCCACUUAGCCCCCUCCACAUUGCCUGCACAGAGCUCCACCACGCUCUCCAGCCUGGCACAGGACCUUCCCACAGCCGGCCAGCUCAGCGCUCUCAACAGCCACGUCAACAAUCAUUCUGCAGCUCUUGGCUCCAGUUCCCACACCUACACAAGCGUUGACAGCAGCAUGAGCUCUCUCGCUCCCUCCUCCGCCUCCUACACAUCGUCCCAACAACCACCUUCAGCGCUUCACUCAGCCCACAACAGCAGCAAUAGUAGCAACAGCAUCAGCCACUUGGCGAGCAUGUCCAGCAUGGGCAACAACAUGAGCAGCAACGUCGGCGGUAUCGCAGGGACAAGCGGCCUUCACUCUGCUACCACCAGCACGGCGCUGGGACUUGGCUCCAAUGGAGCUACUGGCACAUCCAACCUCUCUGGACCAAGGACCGCACCCCUGCUCUCCUCAACUGGUAAAGCCCCACCUAACCUAUCCCAAGGAGUUCCUCCUCUUCUGCCCAACCAGUAUAUCAUGGGUCCAGGGGGACUGCUGCCAGCAUACCCACAGAUUUACGGAUAUGAAGAUCUCCAUAUGCUCCAGUCCAGACUACCAAUGCCCUCACUGCAGGAUUACUAUGGAAUCACAUUCCCUGGCCCCACUGCCACUCUGUCAAGCAGAGACGGGAGCCUCACGAACAACCUCUAUUCAGCAGGUGAAGUCACAAAGUUUGGAAGGAAUGACUCCACCUCUCCAGCACCACCCACAAGCUUGGCAGCUCAGCAGCAGCCACCACAGGGCCAGAACCAAGGCCCAAACCAGAGCCAGCCUCAGCCUCCCCAGGCCCAGCCUCAGCCACAGGGCCAGCCACAGCACCAUAGCAGUCAGCAGGCCUUCCUGCCUCCAGGCUACAGCUAUACGGGGCUGCCUUACUACGCCGGCAUGCCCGGCGCCGUACCAAGUGCUGCAGCGUUCCAGUAUGGCCCCACCAUGUUUGUUCCUCCAGGGGGCCCGGGACCAGCCUCAGCCAAGCAGCACAGCAUGGGUCUCAGCCUGGGUAACCCGUCUGCAAGCCCCUUCCAGCAGCAGACACAACAGCAGCCCACAGGUUACGGCCAGCACACCUUCAGCUCAGGAUACGAGGAGCUGACAGCAGGACCAGCUGGAGUGGACUAUAGUAAAAGCUACAAUUCGUCCUCUCAGGCUCAAGCCAAAUCUGCUGCUGGUGGGCCUGGUAAAGGUGUUUCAGUGACAUCCAGUAACUCCGGUGUGCCAGACAUCAGCGGAAGUGUUUACAAUAAGACUCAGUCUUUUGAUAAGCAGGGUUUCCAUGCUGGGACCCCCCCUCCCUUCAGCCUGCCAUCUGCAUUGGGGGGUCCAGGACCCCUGAAUCCUGGAGCAGCCCCUGGAUAUGCACCUGCGCCCUUCCUUCAUAUCCUGCCUCACCAGCAACCACACUCACAGCUGUUGCACCACCAUCUUGCUCAGGAUGGACAGGGUGGUCCAGGUCAGCGUGGACAGUCCAGCAGCCUUCAGCAGAAGAGCCAAGUCAAUAAGGCAAGCUACGGCAGCUCCCCCUACUGGGCCAACUGAGGACGCUACAUUGCGUGUACGUGCAUGUACAUGUGCGUGUGUGACCAGGAUGUAUGCAUUUGUGAAUGUGCGCGUGCCUGUGUGUCUCUGUGUCUGACUGAUAAAAUAAUGGAGGGACAAACCAUUUUACAACACAUGCUAAAACACACACUACCACCGCCUCUCCUUUGCUCUGUAUAUCCCCUUUUCAAAUUUAUGUCUGUUGUAUGUAAAAUAUAUUUAUGUAUGUAUUUAUACAGUAUAUAUGUAUUGGUAGAACAUGAAAUGUGGUUUUCUGCAUUUUGUUUUUAUUUUGAAGGGCAUUUUAUUUAAAAAAAAAUAAGUGGAAAGAUGAGAAUGCUAAAUCAUGAAGUUGGUGAAUAUACUUGAACACAAGCAUCAUGUGAUGUGGAUUCCUUUUUGUAUGCAUACAUGAACUGAGAACGAUGUACAUAGAUUCUAAGCAUCAUUUUCAUGGCUAAGGCUGUUUUUUUUUUGUUUUUUGAAGAAUAAGAGAUGUUUUUGUAAUUUUGGUCUCCUUCAUCUGUGAAUCCUUAUUUGAAGUGUGACUUGAGUUGAUAGCUUGAGUUUUGCUUUUUUUUUCUCUGCAGUUUUCCCUCCAUCUGUCUGUCAUGUGUCAACUCUUACUAGUUGGCUGGUCAUCAGCCAGGCCUUGAUGUCAUUUUAACAUUGGUUUAAUCCUUGCCCAGAUUAAAAUGUAAAACUGUC